CCCAUAUACAAUGAAAAAAUGGCUGCCUCUGGAGAAGGGCUUGAACUGAGCCACUCAGAAUCAUCCGAAAUGAUUUCGCGCAUAAAACUGGUUUUAGACAAGAUGGCUAGCCUGAGCUUAGAAGCUGGUCGACCUGUUCCUAGAUUAGUUGCAGUGAGCAAGACCAAACCACCAGAAAUGAUAAGGGUUGCACAUAUGGAAGGAGGCCUACUCCAUUUUGGUGAAAACUAUGCCCAAGAGUUGAUAGAGAAAGCAAACCAUCCUCUCCUCAGUGAUCUGGACAUACGAUGGCAUUUUGUCGGUCACUUGCAAAGAAACAAAACGAACCAACUCCUCAGUAAUGUACCCAAACUGUGGAUGAUUGAAACUAUUGAUACGCCUCGUCUUGCAUCCUCUGUUGAUGGAGCCUUACAAAGAAUUAAUCCCGACAAGAAGCUAAGGGUUCUCGUUCAAGUUAAUACGAGCGGGGAAGAGAGUAAGCAUGGUUGCCAACCUGAGGACGUCCCUUCUUUGUUUGAGCACAUGCUCAGUAACUGCUCCAGCUUGAAUCCUAUUGGCCUGAUGACUAUUGGACGGCCUGAUCACAAUUACCAAAUGGGACCAAAUCCUGACUUUGAAUUGAUGAAGAGAUUACGUGAUGUUUUGAUUGGACGAUUUGAUUUGAAAGAGGUGGAGCUGAGUAUGGGUAUGUCCGCAGAUUAUGAACAUGCAAUUCAUGAAGGCAGCACCAAUCUAAGAAUAGGUAGUACCAUAUUUGGCAAGAGAACAUGACGUUAUUACUACUGCAUAAUAUUACUGUAUUAUUGUUAUUUUUUUCCGUGUAUAUUUGUAUUAUAAGGACAUGAUAAACAUUGCUAUCAUUACUGAAUGUUAUUUAUUAUUAAAUUUUAA